GCAAGGUUGCAACAUGCGCUCGCCACUGCGUGCUGCGUUUCAGACCCUCAGCGCACCUGGCACGUCGCACGGCUCAGUUUUAGCGCGCUCACCUCUCUAUUUCCCUCUGUUUUGCACUCCACAUCAUGCUGGCAGCCGAGCAGGUCAGUGGGGACAAUACGGUGAAUGGCUGAUAACUGCGCCCGUCCCCGCGCACGGAGCAAUGGACUGCAGUUUUACUUAAAGAGCCACAUGGAGAACCCAGCCAAGUAUCUCUCGUCGGUGCAGGGGAUUGACUCUGUGCCGGCUCCCCUCGGAGAGAUUAUGUGGAACAGCACCGAAACGGAGUCGACUAAGGACCGGAGGAAGGACAUGGUGGUGCGCACUGUGACGGGCUGUCUGCUGUCCCUACUCAUUCUAUGGACCCUGCUUGGGAACAUCCUGGUGUGCUCCGCGGUGCUGCGCUUUCGCCACCUGCGGACCAAAGUCACCAACAUUUUCAUCGUCUCCCUGGCUCUAUCGGAUUUAUUUGUGGCCGUUCUGGUGAUGCCCUGGAAAGCUGUGGCAGAGGUGGCGGGGUACUGGCCGUUUGGCACUUUCUGUAACGUCUGGGUGGCGUUUGACAUUAUGUGCUCCACCGCCUCCAUCCUCAACCUCUGCAUCAUCAGCGUGGAUAGAUACUGGGCCAUCUCGAGUCCCUUCCGCUACGAGAGGAAGAUGACCCAACGUGUUGCCUUUGUUAUGAUUAGCAUCACUUGGACGUUGUCUGUGCUCAUUUCAUUCAUACCGGUCCAGCUCAACUGGCACAAAGCCAGCGGUGACGACAUGGCUGGGACGCACAACUAUUCCACAAGUCGACAGAUAGAGGAAAACUGCGACUCCAGUCUGAGCAGAGAGUAUGCCAUUUCCUCCUCUUUGAUAAGUUUCUAUAUCCCCGUGGCGAUUAUGAUUGUGACUUACACCAGAAUAUACCGGAUUGCACAAAUACAAAUUAGAAGAAUAGCCUCCCUGGAGAGAGCGGCAGAGCACGCGCAAAGUUGCAGGACAAACAGAAUAGAGUGCCAACACCACAACACCUUGAAAACGUCGAUUAAACGGGAAACCAAAGUGUUCAAAACUCUUUCGGUGAUCAUGGGUGUCUUCGUGUGUUGCUGGUUACCCUUCUUCGUCCUCAACUGUAUGGUUCCGUUCUGCGACAGACCGGCAACAGACCGGGACGCGGGUCUGCCGUGCGUCAGCGAGACGACUUUUGACGUCUUCGUGUGGUUCGGCUGGACCAACUCCUCCCUGAACCCCAUCAUUUACGCCUUCAACGCCGAGUUCAGGAAGGCCUUCGCCAGCCUAUUGGGCUGUCGCAACUUCUGCUCCAGCACCCCGGUGGAGACUGUCAACAUCAGCAACGAGCUGGUCUCAUAUAAUCAAGACACCCUCAUUCACAAAGAAAUCGCCAACGCGUAUGUCAACAUGAUCCCCAACGUGGUUGAAUGUAUUGAGCAUGAAGAGACUUUUGACAGGAUUUCACAGUUUUCUCACAAUAAUGACAACGCCACCGACUCGGUUUGUGACUUAGAGGACUGCCAGGCAGAUAUCAGUCUUGACAGGAUGUCACCGUUCACACCCAAUGGAUUACACUGACUCCUCUGUGCACCCCCCCCCCCCGUGCGUAU